UUACAAAUCACUAACCAGAUAAUGAAUACAGGUAUCGCCUUACUGGAUUCUCCUUCUGGUCUUCUCGCCUACAUCCUGGAAAAGUUCUCGACCUGGACCCGUUUGGACCACCGGAGCAAGGUGGACGGAGGCCUGGAGUUCAGGUUCACCAAAGACCAACUUCUCGACAACCUGAUGAUGUACUACGCGCCUAAGAGUAUUACCACUUCGAUGCGGUUGUACUCGGAGUAUUUCAACAAGAGAGGAAUGGCGAUGAAGAUGGAUGAGAUCCCUUCACCAGUCCCCGUCUGGGUGGUCCAGGCUAGACACGAGCUGGCCUACCUUCCCCCCUGGCUGAUCAGGUUCAAGUUCCCCAACCUGGUGAAUGCCACCCAUCUGGAUGAUGGAGGCCACUUCUUAGCCUUCGAAACCCCUAAACCGUUCUCAGAGGACGUCCUAAAUGCUAUCACAGCUUUCAGGAAGCUACAGAAGAAGGAGAGCAAAGAAGAGCUGUGAUGACUUGAUAGAUUUAGGUUUUGAAAGUUAUUUUUUUAAUAAAGUUUUGUUUUUGACA